AUGACUGUUGGAAAGAAAAGAAAGUCGUCGCAAAGUUCGCAAAAAGCGAAAAGAAGAAGCGUUGUGCUUGAGUUGUGCCAUAUUAGUAAUGAAUAUCAAACAAAAACGUUUACGGAAGCAUUUCGACACCAAUAUAUUCAUUCUGAACCAUUUCCCCAUUGGCAGCUUCGAAAUUUCAUUGAUAAUUCAAGCAAUUUUGUUGAAAAAAUUGAGACGGAACUCCAGAAUUUCGGGGAGUGGAAAAGAAAAGAAAACGAUCUUUACUCCCUCUAUCAAACAGAUGAUCUGAAAUCGAUUUGCCCUGUCAAAUACCCAAAUCUAUACACGUUUCGUCAAUUUUUGUAUACUGAAGUGCGUGAAUGGCUUCAGAAAACGAGUGGAGUGGAACUAACCGAGCAGGUGGAUUGUAAUGGGAGCUGCUAUGCUCAAACUGAUGGAUUAUUGCCGCAUAAUGAUUUGAUCGAUACUCGUCGUUUUGCGUUUGUUUAUUAUCUAACGACACCAAAUUGGAAUGCCGGCCAAUUUGGAGGAGCCUUACAAUUAUUUAAUUCUGAUAAAAAUGCAAACCCCACUACAGUUGCCAAAGAGCUUCUUCCUCUUCGCAAUUCCUUCAUGAUUUUUGAAGUCUCCGAAAAAUCUUGGCAUCGUGUUGCUGAAAUGCUCGGCGAAGAACCGCGUUUGUCAAUUAAUGGCUGGUUUCAUUCCAAAAGAAUCAUUGAGCCGAAAAAACCGCGCCCGGAAACUGUACCAAAAUUCAAACCAUCGACUAAGUUUGCCAUCUCAAACUUGAUAAAUCCACAAUACAUGCAAAAAGAAAAGCAGGAUCAAAUUCAGGCGACGUUUGCAGACAGCUCAGAAUUGAAUUUAGUCGAGUUCUUGAAGAACGACUUCAAUUCCGAACUCUACUCGGAAUUGAGUAACAACUCGAAGUUUUUCAAAAUUAUUGGCCCGCCCAGCAAAAGACAUAUUGCAAGACUGAACUCAUCUAAUAACACUAACCUUAAAACGUGUUCAAAUUUCAUCGAAGCACUGAAAUCGAAAAAUUUCGCAUCCCUCGCUGAGAAAAUUACUGGAGUCACGCUAAAAGGCUUGGAAUGCAGCUUGAAAAUAAGCCGAAUUGAAAAUGGAAGCUACUGGGUUAUUGGAGAUGAAGAUGCUGAGCAGAGCGCCAGUGAGGGAUAUUCGCUAGACAUUAACAUUUUUGUUCAAAAAUCGAACUGGCCUGAAGAAGCUGGUGGUAACUUGGUUUAUAUUGCUGAAGACGAGGAAGAGGAGUUGCUUCACAUCUCACCGCAGCCGAACUGUGCUUCGGUUAUUUUCCGUGAGCCGGGAGUUUUGUACUUUUUGAAAUAUGCGAAUCAUUACGCAAAAGAUCCGUUUUUCCUAUUCACCCUAUCGUUCCAUAAUGUCGAAUGUUGA